GAAAAAUAACCGUUAUACAUGAAUAAUUUUAUUUUAGAUAUUUAAAAUUAUUCAAUUCACCCAAAUAAUUUUGUUCAAAAGAUUUGAUUGAAUCACCCGAUAUAUAAUUUCAAGAAACUAUAAAAAAAAUAUCUAAUUAUUCAAAAACUGAAACCAAACUGAAACAUAAUUACAAUUAUAUUUUUUACCUGAUAUUAGUUUUAUAAUUAUUAUUCAAACCAAACAAAAAAGAAUAAAAUAGAAACGAAUCAAAACUGAACCGAAUUUCAUAAUAACCGAAAGGUUCCCGUAUCUUUAAAAUUGAAAAACUGAAGAGCAGAACCGAGUGUCAGACAUAAAUAAACCUUUUCUGAAGAAAUUACUUAUUUAAAAAAAAAAAUUAAGAUUGAAAUUGAGACGGUGGUUGGUUCAUUCUUUUUUUUGUUCCGAGAAUCGUCGUCUCGUCGUCGACAGCGUGUGUGAAUUUGAUCGGCGUGAACUGUUAUAAGCCGCGCUUAGUAAUGGCGGAUUUCCAGACAUCAACUCAACGAGCCAAGUGGAUCUUCACUCCCCAGAAACUAGCAGAGAGAUAUAAAGCUGCUAACCAGAAGGCAGUGCACUUGCUAGAGAAGUGUGGAACAACCCAAGUUGAAGUAGAUGCUAGUGGAUCACUAACUUAUCCCACGGAGAAAGUUGAUGCAGGAGGAGAUCAAAGUGAUAAGAAGCUUAAGCCUUUGAGUGUUGAUGAAGAACUGUUCAUGAGAGCUUUUUAUGAGGCAAAGGUCCAAGAAGUCUGCAGUGCCUUUGAGUUUCCUCACAAGAUUCAGGCAACAGCUCUCCAAUACUUUAAAAGGUUUUAUCUGCAAUGGUCUGUUAUGCAACAUCAUCCCAAAGAGAUAAUGUUAACCUGCGUGUAUGCGGCCUGUAAGAUAGAGGAGAAUCAUGUAUCUGCUGAGGAGAUAGGGAAGGGGAUUAAACAAGAUCACCACGUCAUUCUCAAGUAUGAGAUGGCUGUUCUUCAGAGUUUGGAAUUUGAUCUGAUUGUCUAUGCACCAUAUCGUGCAAUCGAAGGCUUUGUCAGCAACAUGGAGGAGUUUCUUCAAGCUAGAGAUGAUGAAAUCCAAAAACUGGAGAGUUUGCUCAAAGCGGCAACAGCAGAAGCCGAUAAAUUUAUGCUCACAGAUGCUCCACUCCUCUUUCCUCCUGGCCAGUUGGCGUUGGCUGCUUUGCGUAUUGCAAAUGGGGUUCUUGGAGUGGUUGACUUUGACAGGUACCUAGAGAACAUUGUUUCUCAACCGAACUCUGAGCACACGACUUCAGAGCUCUUAAAAUUACUUGAUGAAAUUGAAUAUCGGGUAAAGAACUACAAGUACCCAAGUGAAAAGGACAUGAAGCAUAUCAACAGGAAGCUAAAAUCUUGUCUAGGACAUAGCUCUUCACAUGACGAGAGUAAGAAACGGGAGAAGAGAUCGAAGCACAAGUCACAUAGGAACUCCAGUGAUACACCAAAGGGUGCACCCAUAGGUUGAGUUUCUCGUUUUUGCCAUUAGCAUUUGGUAGCUUUAAUAUUAUUGAAUGUUCAAAUCCUCUUUAUACUUUUUUGCCGUGUUGUUAAAUUUGAAGCAUAUCUGAAUCAUAAACUGGCAUUUUGUGCUAUAGAGACAAAAGCUGUAUCUGGCAACAAAUAUUGGCACAUAAUUUGUUUAUUCGGAAGAAGAUGCUAUUGAACACCUUCAAAUACAAAA